ACUCCACACACUGUGCCCACCUGCACCAGGAUGCCGGACACCAUGCUCCCUGCCUGCUUGCUGGGCCUGCUGGCCUUCACCUCCGCCUGCUACUUCCAGAACUGCCCGCGGGGCGGCAAGAGGGACUUGUCUGACCUGGAGCUGAGACAGUGUCUCCCCUGCGGCCCCGGGGGCAAAGGGCGCUGCUUCGGGCCCAGCAUCUGCUGCGGCGACGAGCUGGGCUGCUUCGUGGGCACGGCCGAGGCGCUGCGCUGCCAGGAGGAGAACUACCUGCCGUCGCCCUGCCAGUCGGGCCACCAGCCGUGCGGGAGCGGGGGCCGCUGCGCCGCCGCCGGCAUCUGCUGCAGCCCGGAGAGCUGCGUGACCGAGCCCGAGUGCCGGGGGGGCUCCGGCUUCCACCGCCGCGCCCGCGCCAGCGACCGGAGCAACGCGACCCAGCUGGACGGGCCGACCGGCGCCUUGCUGCUGCGGCUGGUGCAGCUGGCGGGGGCGCCCGAGCCCGCGGAGCCCGCCCCGCCCGGCGUCUACUGAGCCGCUCGCUCGCCCCCCUCGUCCCCGAGCCCCCCGCAGCCUGGAAAAAUAAACCUUUAAAA